UUUUUUUUUUUUUUUUUUUUUUGGUUUUUCGAGACAGGGUUUCUCUGUAUAGCCCUGGCUGUCCUGGAACUCACUUUGUAGACCAGGCUGGCCUCGAACUCAGAAAUCCGCCUGCCUCUGCCUCCCGAGUGCUGGGAUUAAAGGCGUGCGCCACCACGCCCGGCAUGGGCUUUCCCUCUUGACCUAUGCUAGAACUCAGCUCCUGUGUUUUGUUUGUUUUUGUUUUUUUGAGACAGGGUUUCUCUGUGUAGCCCUGGCUGUCCCGAAACUCACUUGUAGACCAGGCUGGCCUUGAACUCAGAAAUCCUCCUGCCUCUGCCUCCCAAGUGCUGGGAUUAAAGGCAUGCACCACCACUGCCCUGCUCUGUGUUAUCUGUUAAUCCCAGGCUUGUCGGAAAGGUCUGCUUCCUGUUGCCAGUCUCCAGUUAGCCAGUUCCUCUCCAGCCCCCUAGCCGACUCACAGAGCAGUUUCCCAAACGGGUCACGUGUCAGUGUCAUCUUGGAUUUUUUCUCAGUGCUUUACACAUAGUUCCUUCUACAAGGAGCUGCCUUUCCUUCAUUUUAAACCAACAGCUGCGAACAGUUUACUCUCAACACUUAAAGUAAGCUGACUUAUUUGAAUCCACUUAUGAUCGUACCUUUUAUAGUGAACUGUGAUUGCCUGUUUCUCCUUAUUAUGAGACUUCAUCCUGAGGGUGUGACUAUUUUGUGUUGUGUGUGGUUUGUGUGUGAGAGAGAGGGAGAGGAGCAGGGUCUCACUAUGUUGAUAUGGUUGAUCUGGGACUCUGACUCUAGUUUUCACAGGAAACUGAAAGAUGUUGAAUCACUUGUCCAAGAUCAGACUGUUGCUAAGUAGCAGAGCUAGGAUUUGAACCCAUAAUCUACUUCUGACUGGUGUGUUAUCAGAGUACACAGCUCUACAGAGUUCUAGGUCUGGAUUGGGACCAAAGAAUUGAAGGCUAGGGGAGGGACACUUAAGAGUUAUCCUUAAGGUGAUGGCCAUAGUAAGGUAGAUAAGCUUUUUAAGAAGGAAAAAUUGUGUUGAGCUUUGAGUCAAGGAUUAAGCUUAGGUGUGGUGGCACCUGCUUUUUUUUUUUUUUUUUUUUUUUUUUUCUUUUUUUGGUUUUUCAAGACAGGGUUUCUCUGUAUAGCCCUGGCUAUCCUGGAACUCACUUUGUAGACCAUGCUGGCUUCGAACUCAGAAAUCCAUCCGCCUGCCUCUGCUUCCCGAGUGCUGGGAUUAAAGGCGUGCGCCACCACCGCCGGGCUGUGGAACCUGCUUUUAAAUACAGCACUUGGGAGGUGGAAGUAGGAGAUUAGGAGUUCAAGGCCAACCUAGAGGGAAGCUGUAGAUCUCUGGCCACAGGGAUCCAUUUUCACUUGCACACAUAACCUACAUAAUUUAAAAUAAUCUUAACAAAAAAGGGGGUAUAUGGAGCACUCUCACUUAGAGUGGGGAGCAAACUCAGGAGAUUACAGGUCAGUUGCUAGGACUGUUUAAUCUGUUGGGAUAACUCCCACACUGACGACUUAGGUGACUGAGUCGCCAACGGUGUCAUUCCUGAGCCCCAGAUUAUUGUCAUUGGAAGGAACUGGAAGGUUUCUGAGCUGAUCUGCCUGUGAAAUGCUUAAUUAGUGUUGGUGAGUAGACCUCUGUAGACCCCUAAUGUUGUGGUGCUGUUGGGAUAACCCCCGGCUAACACACAGAUUUAUCCUAUCCUGCGUGCCUAGAGUGACCUCAUGCAGUUGGCUAUGUUGAAGAUGGCCGUGUUGAGGGGUUAGUGAUGAUUCUGUUUGUUUCUUUUGGUUUUUUCGAGACAGGGUUUCUCUGUAUAGCCCUGGCUGUCCUGGAACUCACUCUGUAGACCAGGCUGGCCUCGAACUCAGAAAUCCUCCUGCCUCUGCCUCCCAAGUGCUGAAUUAAAGGCGUGUGCCACCACCACCCGGCGAUUCUCUGUUCUUUGGCAAUACUAAGAGGUGAUACUGUGCUUGGCCACAGUCGGGCCUAAUGGGCGCAUACCUAAUUCAAGAAGAACCAGUCGAAUCUUCUCUCUGAAAGAGUGAGAAAUUUAACACAGGCUGGAGGCCUUUGUGGCCUAGGAGUGACAGCUCAAGGCCCAUGUGGUCACUCUCGAGUCCCACAAGCUGAGCCUGUAACACCUUAUAUAUUACAUUAACCAGGGUUAGCUCCUCUCUCCCUUCUCUCUUUCCCAUUCUCUCCAUCCUAUUCUGAUCUAUUUUGAGGUAGUGUCUAUUAGCCCAGACUGGCCUUGAACUCAUGACCUUCCUGUCUCCACUUCUCCAGUGCUGAGAUUUCUGGCAUGUACCACCAGAUUGGCCUCCAGAAUUGGUUGGUUUCCAUGCCAGAAACGUCUCUCGUUUUACUGUAUUCUGCUGAAGUCGACUUAACAGGUAGCAUUUUUACUCCUCGGGGAACAGGAUUUCCUUCAGACAAAACAUUCUGAGAGCUGGAGCUGCCCAACUUUCGAGUGGAAGCCACCACACGCAGUGGAAUGUCAGGGUGGAUUCCAGAUCAGAACCUGUGUGGUUCUGAGUUUGGAAGAUGCCAGCAAAUGUGCUGAACGGAGAGGGAGGGGGUGAGGCCAUAAAUACCGUUCAGGGCAAUUGCGUCCUGCAAGAAGGACAAAGGUUGAAGACAAAGCCCCAGGGGAGUCCUUAAAGCCAGGUGUGGUGGUUCACGCCUAUAAUCCCAGCACUUGAGAGGCUGAGGCAGGAGAACUGAUUUGAGUACAAAGCAUGUUCUACAGUUUCCUGCAGCCUAGGCUAUAACAGGACUCCACCUCAGAAAAACCAAGCAGCAGCUGGAAGAAUAGCUGUGAAAAGGGAACACCAGAGAUGGGAGCCGGAGGGAGAACUAGAGAGUGCUUCCAGGCCAGUCGGGGUCCAGACCAAGUAGGAGAGAGGACAGGGCCAACUGUGUCAGAUGUGCAGACUGCUCAAGUCGACCUGGUGAGAGGCACAGAAAUACUGAGGAACAGUGUCAUGUGGAGAGCAGGGGAUUUCAGCAAGUGUAAAAGUGGGGGACACAGUUGCACAUUGGCUUGUGCCAGUUGGGGGGGGCGGUUAGGAAACACUUGGGAGCGGGCUCUCAGAUACCUUUGGUGGAGAUUGUUGGUAGAGUGGAUACAAAUGGCUGGGCUUGUUGCUAUUUGUAUCCCACUGUAGCUAGUGGAGAAAAGUUGGCUAGCCUGCAGCCUCCAGGUAAGGCUGGCUUCCCUUUGCUGGUUCCUCCUGCCCCACAGUUGGCCACACCCGCUCCUAAGCCCGCCCACACUGCCCGCCCACUCACUGCUGCUAUUUGCCCAGAAGAUCUCAGGACUCGCUGUUGUCUGCAGAAUACACCAUGCUUAGUGCCAGGCCACAGUUCCUAAGCGCAAGGCAGAAAAGGUGACUAUUUGGGGCUUCCAUCCUGAUUCUGACCACACACAGACUAGCAUUCAGCAAAAUAUGGAUGGCCCUUUGGCCAAAGCUAGCCCACUGUUUUCCUAUGGCCUGGGUGCUAAGAAUGGCUUCACAUUUUUUUAAAUGAUUUUUUUUUUAAAAGCAAGAAUGUUUCAUGAAACAUGGAAAUGUGAAAUUCACAUUUUAGUAUCCAUAAAUAAGAGAGUUAAGGACAGAACUCCAGGGAAGAUCAGUAGAGAGCAGAGGGGUCUAUGAGGGAGGUAGAGCAGCCUGGGAAGCCUGAGGAAGGAAGGACAAGGGCAGAGUCUUGGUCACUCUUUGGUCUAAUUGCCUUCAGAAGGCUUGCAGACUCUGGUUUGGAGUUCCAGGUGGGUGGCUGGGCUUGUGUUCCCACAGAGAAUGCUUGUCCAGGAUGUGAGCGCCUGGGUUCCACCUCCAGAACUUAAGUGGAAGAAAGUUGUGUAGUGUGUCUCCCCUGCGGAGUGUUAAAAACAAUCUCCUGAAAUCUCCCCACCUAGACACGUACCGACAGAAGGAGCUUGCUGUUCUACAACAUCAGGAGCUCUUCAUGUUGUUUUAUUUUUGUGUUUGGCUACAGUUGCUACUGUGAUUCGUCAGAUGGGCCACAGGAUGGGGCUGGAGAGAUGGCUCACUGUUUUAAGAGCACUGGCUGCCGCUCUUGCAGAGGACCAACCAGUGUUCAAUUCCCAGCACAGACAUGGAAGCUCACAACGGUCUGCAACUCCAGUUCCAGGGAAUCUGACACCCUCACACAGACAUACAUGCAGGCAAAACACUAAUAUACAUAAAUAAAAAUAAAUUAAAAGGGGGGUUGGGCACAGGUUUCACAAGCCUCAGAAGCACCAUUUUCACAAAGAUGAACUGCUUAGCUUAGUUCAUUGCAUUAGAUCUUUUCUCUGCCUCUUCCCCCACCCUCCGUCUCCUCCUCUGUCGCACACACAGCGACAGUUUCUUCCUCCCCUCCCCCUCCACAGCCCACCACAAUCUGGAGUUGACUCCUACAGUUCGGAGAGUGUUCUCAGUAAAUGCGCCUUCCAACUAUAACUGCAGAUCUGAUACUCCUCAGCCCUUCCUGCAUCCAGAGUGGGCCGUUUAGCGCCUUACCUGCUGUGUGCCUCCAUCACCUGGGGCAGCCUCCAUCCUUCCCCUGCUAGGCGUUCCCGGCACCUCCAGAUUCUUAGCAUAUACAGUGUUCGUUACUCUCUGAAGAACCACCCUCCCGGCUGGCUUCCUUGUGGAUUCUGCCAGCAGUCGGCUCUGAAAAAAAAGAUCGACGGAAAACCCCAGAAACUUACUGCUUCAGCCUCCAGUCGGGUGACUGACAGUUGUGGCCCUUGGUGGAGGAGGUAGCCAUUGCAGAAGUCUGGACAGCUUCCUGGGGAAAGCUCCCCCGAGAUCCUGAGCUUGGUGGCAGCUUCUCAGCAGAUGAAUCUCCGCUGCUGCUGCUGCUGCUGCUGCUGCUGCUGCCCCUGCCGGUGUCUACAGGGCUGCAGCAGAUACAGACAGGGAUCCUGGCUCAGGGGCUGGGCAGUGUCUGAUCCUGCACAUCCAUCUCUCGCGGCUGCAGCUGCAGGCAGCCUCCUCCCUUGGGCUCUUCCUGCCUCUUUAACAUCUUUGAAACUGACUUUAUAUAUCCGGUUCUCUCAGUCUAGUGUGCUUGCAAGCCCAACACUGUGGGCUAAGGCCACUCUGCUAUGAGUUUGAGGCCAGCUUCAACUACAUAGGGACAUCUGUCUUUCUUAACAAAACCAGCCUGGAUUCCAGGUGUGGCUCGAUCUCCUGCCUGGGCACUGGGUGGUAGCUAAUGAGGUUAUCCUGUUUACCUUCAGCGUAGUCGACUUGGUGGUUUGACCCUCUGUUGCAUCCUGUGUGUUCAUGGCUCUCCAAAUCAGACUCAUCAGCCGCACCUGGGGUCCCUCUCCUUCCACCUCACCACAGCACUCCAAAUUUAAAACAUUUAAGAUCAUAUUCUCUUUGCCCGCCUCCGCCCCAUCUCCUCUUCUUCCCCUUCCCUCCUCCCCUUUGUUCCCUCCCGCAACCCAGGGCCUCAUACAUUCUAGGCAAGGCUUUGCUACUGGACUUUUCUAACCUACCUUUAUUUAUUUAUUUAUUUAUUUAUUUAUUUGAGGCAAGUUCUGAGACUCAAGCUGGCUUUUGGGUAGCCCUGUAGACAUAGAUUUUUUUUUUUUGCAACCCACUUUUAAUAAGGGUUCAGCCUUUCCUGUAAUGCACCACCCAGCAGAAGUAGGGGAAGAGAAAAGUUACUAGGACAUGGGGGAAGUGGCCCCGUUCAGCAAUAGUUCUUUGAGGGUGAGCUUGAUCGUCUUGGGCAGCAGUUCAGUCCCAGAGCAAACGCCAGAUAUGACUUAGCAGCCACAGACCAGUCCUCUAGGCAGACAGACAGCACACGCGAACAGGCAGCUACAGUCCAGUUCCUUCAUCAAGCACACACCAGGCAGCCUGAAGAAAUCACCAGGCUUCACCACCCAGCCUGAGGUGAGGCUGCCAGAGGCAGCAAGCUGCGUCAGGAACCUCCUGAGCAGUUCUUGGGGUGAAGUUGAUUCCAAGUACUCAGCUAUGGAAGAUGCAACCUAAAACGAGAGACCUGCUGCGCUCCUCUUGGAAUUUGUAGCCUCACAUUCAAUGCCAACUUUCUUUGGAAGGAGACUUGGGAGGGUCUGAGAGCCAUGAGGAUGGUGCUGAAAAGACUCGAUUCCGUUCUGGAAUUCUGCCGCCAGGCGGCGCUGCUUUGAAGAGCCAGGCAGCUACCUGCUGGAGCCCGACCUUCCACCAGGGGGCGGAGGUCUCCAGAGAGGCCCUCCGGGCCCCGCUGGCCUCGGAGCCAAGUCUUAAAGAGGAGCCUGGACCCAAGCUUCUCCUCAGCGACUGAUGAUGUUAAACUAUACGCUUCUGUGAUUGGUUUAGCCGUGGUAAGACGGGCUGCUAUUGGAGAUGCUCUGUUGAAACGUGAUGGAUCUGGAAGGGAGCUGGGCACCCGACACUCGAGUGGUAGCUCCCAUUUACUGUGGGUGUUAAGGUAUGGAGCAUGAGCAGAAGUCAGGAGCUGUGCUGCUGAGGCUGCUGCGCCUUCUGUGGCUGCUGCCCCACUCCUGGGCGGUGCUCGAAGCAUCUACACCAGUGUUCUGGGAUGACCCACAGAACCACACAUUCCGGCACACUCUAUUCUGCCAGGACGGGAUUCCCAACAUAGGGCUCUCGGAGACCUAUGACGAGGACGAACUCUUCUCCUUCGACUUCUCCCAGAACACCAGAGUGCCCCGACUGCCUGACUUUGCAGAGUGGGCUCAGGGACAGGGGGAUGCCUCUGCCAUUGCAUUUGACAAAAGCUUCUGCGAGAUGUUGAUGCGGGAAGUGAGCCCGAAGCUUGAAGGUCAAAUCCCAGUGUCCAGAGGUUUGCCUGUGGCAGAGGUAUUCACACUGAAGCCCCUGGAGUUUGGCAAGCCCAACACGUUGGUCUGUUUCAUCAGCAACCUCUUUCCACCGACCCUGACCGUGAACUGGCAGCUUCACUCGGCCCCUGUGGAGGGAGCCAGCCCCACAUCCAUCUCAGCUGUCGAUGGGCUGACCUUCCAGGCUUUCUCUUAUUUAAACUUCACACCGGAACCCUUUGACCUUUACUCCUGCACUGUGACACACGAGAUUGACCGCUACACGGCAAUUGCCUAUUGGGUACCCCAGAACGCCCUGCCUUCGGAUCUCCUAGAGAAUGCCCUGUGUGGUGUGGCCUUUGGCCUCGGUGUGCUAGGCACCAUCAUGGGCAUUGUCUUCUUCCUCUGCUCCCAGAGACCGUGCUCAGGUGACUGAUUCUUCUCAAGGAGAUCUUGGAACAGCACAGGCCAGGCCAGCGGGGAUGUCCAGGCAUCUCGUGACUACCCAAGGUCUCUCAUCGGAGCCGAAGUCCCAGGGAUCCCUCAGGGUGUGUGCCAGCGUGCAGGUGUCUCAGCUGAGGGUUCCGCUGUCCCUGGACUUGCAUCCAGAAGAGCCUUCAUCAGGAGCCCCAGGCUCCACCUAACCACUACCUUAUACCUUCCCUCUUCCAGGAAAUAAACUUCAUUUCUUAAUGUCA